AUGUUUACUCAGAUCAAAGUAUCUUUUCUGGAAGAUGGUCGUAAACAGGGCCGGCUUUUCGAUUUCGAUACACAUUUCACGUGUCGACUUGCUGUUGAACAGGUUUGUUCCUCACUCUCCAUACCCGAAGACUGGACCUUCGCAAUGUAUAGCAAGAAGCAUGGUGGGUGGAUUCAUGAUGAUACACGACUUAUAGAUAUUGCAUUCAAGAAUAAUAAAUCACUUGAGAUGCGCAAAAAGACACCUUCAUACUUCGAGUCCCGUUCAUGCGCAUCUCUCGAACCAUCCAAGUCCUCAUUACGUGACUCUACUAUCCUUCGUGGCGCCACUUCGCCUAUCGAUCAUCACCGCUUUUUCAACUUCUUUCGCGCCACAGACGAUCAAUUCAUAUCAAAGCUCCACACUGGAAGCAUCUAUCUCUCGCUUGUCGUUAUUAAUAGUGAUAACAAGGUCCUCCUUAGUCCGAGCGGACUCCCUCCAACUGUUCUCAUCUCAACAGUUGCAGGCCUUGCUAGCUACUACAACUUCGAUUCUGAGUCUUCAGACUUUGCGUGGAUGUUCAAGACAACGCUGGAUUGGGCUACGGACCCUGCAUCCAACUUGAACAAAAUCCGUCUUCAAGAAGAGCACAACCGCCGGUCAGGGACCGUAUCGCCUGAACCAAGGCCCCUGUCGCCCAGUUUACUUAUUGCAGCCGUCAAUUCAACACUGUCUCCUCCAUCUUCAAGGGGAUCAUGCCCAAAAUCCAAGCGAGGAAGCGUCAGCAGCACAACCGGCUCAACCACUAAUAACAACAGCAGCAAUAAUAAUAAUGAAAAGGCCAAUAGCGGCAACUCCAGUAGUAACGGUACCACCAUGUUCAAACACUCGGCGGCGAGUUCUGUUUCAUUCGAUCGUGUAUCAAUCACGUCCGACUAUUCUAUGCGCCAUACAGCAUCUAUUUAUGAAUAUGUAGAUCGAAGACGCGAUUACAGAGGCGAGAAUGCAUUACGUCAAGAGUAUGUCGCAGCCGUAGAUGAGCUGCAACGGAAGUUAGGCUGCCCGCCUAUCGAUCUACUAUACGAUAAGGUGGUGGAUUUGCCCUUAGUAGGGGCCAAGGCACUGAUGGCGAUUCAAUAUGCAAAAGGAUAUGACGUCAGGGAUCACAUUGCACCGGAAUUAAUGCAAAUGGGCUCGUUUCGAUGGCGAAAUAUUGAUUCAGUAUCUAACGCUGUCUACACAAGGAAGGAAGAAAUUUGGUCACAACUCACAAAUUAUUAUGAUUGCGUGCGAGUAUCAAGACCCUCUCCAGGCCUCUAUAUUGGACUGUACUAUACUGAGAGCACCAUGUCUGGUUUACAGAUUCUGGUCCCUCGACAGCGCAGAACAUUUAUUCCCAUGGUUAAAUUACGGAAUGAUGCAGACCUGACUCCUGAAGAAUGGGAAUGGAUCAGAUCAACUGCUUCUCUAGACAUUACUGAACUUGCUAGACAUUGCGCAGUGCCCAAGGAAGAUCCAAUGUACCAUCUCAAGGUCGGUUUUGCGCUUUCGACUGCAAGACUUUCUCGGCUUACACAGCUCAAAUGGAAUCCGGCUGAUAUGUAUGAUCUGGACACAUUGAAUGUAGUGAUGCAAAAAACCACACCAAUACCAACAGCAGCAAACAGCAACAGCAGCGGGGGUAGCAGCACUAAUGGGAAUACCAGUAUCCCAGCAUCGAGGCGGAUGUCCCAUGAUUCUCACUUUUCAGCUACAGUUCCAAAUCCUCAAUUCUUACCUUCACCACCAAUGACCGCUGAUCAAUCUGUAACAGCAACAACUGACCAGGGGAGAACAGCAGCACCAACAAUAGUGCAUGAGUUACCAUUGCAGAAGCUAAGCAUGGCAGCGAUGGACCAGGAUCCAGCCUGGAGCACCUGUAUUAUUGAUACAGACGCCUCUAAAUCAUUUCGAGUGAUUCUAUUUGUUAAGCCAACUCGACAUGCCACGCAGUCGCAAGAGAAUUACAACAAACAAUUUUUCGAACUCUGCCCUUUCCCGAUUUUCGAUGCUCUUCACCAUUCUGUAUUUAACACGUCAACCUAUCAUCAACUCAGGAGAUCGAUGUUGCAGGUGACAAAUGAUAUUGCGGAUCUAGAAAUCGAGCUAGAGCAAGAGCUAGAGAGGGAAUUGGCACUGAAGCAGCAGCUACAGCGGGCAGCGAACAAAGAGAAAUUGCUGCGCUCCAAAAAGGACGAAUUUGGUGACGAUUUAGAUGUCAAUGGUGAUCUUGAACCUAGUCUGGGGGCGGCAUGGGAGAAGGAGGAUAGAGAGGAUGACUUGAUGAAUUCGCUCAUGGUCAAAGAACUGGGCAUCAAAGGUAAUGAGUUGCGGCCACCUCAUCCUUUGCAUUCACAUCUCCAUCCACAUUCACAGCUGCGAUCUAGUUUUAUUGGCGAUGGCACAGUCGACGGAACAGACAACCAUGAGGAGACAGGAGGUAGUGAAUUUGGGAGAAAACCCUCUAGCGACUCAUUGAUGGAAACCUUUGAAGCAAGGCCCGCAGGCUCAUCUGCUAUCUCUCUUGCUUCAUCUUUGUCUUCAUUUGGGGUUGGAAACGAUGCUCCGGUGAGCGCCAUGGCUCUACUUUCACAAGGGGGACGCCCUACAGGAUCCCGAUCAGUUCGAAGUCGAUCACGGUUGUCCAUGAUUGAGCUUGGCUCUACAAAGCUUAAUAACACGAACAGCAAUCCGAGAAGAGGCUCCCAUCCUCAGCGAGGGAUUGCAAAGGAUGAUGAUGACGACGAAAAAGCGCUGUCAUUCAUGGAUAUCAUGCAGGAUUUGGAUCCAAUCACCAGCGAGGCCAUUCUGAGCGCUACACUCAAUAGCAUCAACAGCAUCCAGAGCGAUAGCGACUCGUCGAGUAGCAGCAGUGAGAGCGAUGGUAAUGACGAUGAUGACAAUGAUGAUGAUGAUGGUAAUGGCUCAGGCCCCUAUGGAAGUUAUGAAGACAAUGGACGACGAUCGAGCCUAGGCAUCCAUUACCAACCAAAGCGGGCGAUGGAUGGUAGGUCAGACAAGGCGACAUUGCCUCCAUUGCCAACUCUGCCUCGCCACCGUCGAAGCUAUAGCCUUGUCCAGGCAAAAGGACUUCGGAUGACCUCUUCCCCAGAUAUCCCUAGCGCCAGUAAUAGCGCUGCUGAGGCUGACGAGCUCAAAAACAAUAAUGUUAGCAAUGGCAAGAACAGUGGCCACAGCAAUAUUUAUAGCAACAUCAAUUUCUUGUUAAGUACUGCUAGUCGCCCAGUAGCCAGCGGCAACAGUAGUGGUAAUAACCGUAGAAGCACCUAUAGCAAUGGUAGCCCUAGUAAUACCAGCAUCAAUGGUACCUCUAUCAUCACCCGAACAGCACGAUCGCAAACGACGAGCCAUUGCUCAUUCACACACCCACAAUCACAGUAUUAUUUUCAUCAACACCAUCAAUAUCAGCAGCCCGUGUACAAGAAUAGAUAUCUUAGCAUUAAGAAUUACCCACAUUAUUUAACGGAUCUUCAACAUCUGGAGCAGGACUUGCAGCUCCAACCACAACAACCACAACCACAACCACAGCCACAGCCGCAACAGCAUUUCCAUAUCCGUGAGCGCCACAACAGUAGCCCCUUGAGUUUCAACAGUUAUUUGAUUCAACAGCCACUACAUCCUUUAGCAGCAGCGCCUAAUGACGAUCCCACCUCAUCAUUCUCUAAUAACGACAAAGAUUUUAAUAUUAAUGACAUUGAAUUGGUGAGGUUACGACAGGAGCAACAAGACUUGCAAGAGCAAUGGAGAAUGGUGUCGUGGACAAGACAGCUGAAUGAAUGGGAUCAUGCACGGAUGCUCAAAUCUCAGGGAAAUUUAUUAGGAAUGAGCCUUAGCCUGAAUAUGGGUAUGAACCUAUUGACUUUAGAUGAUGAUGAUGAGAAUACCAACAACGCUCAUAGAGCUGAAGUUGACCUGGAUUCAGCGAGAGGAGUAAGAAAAGAAGGAGGUGAAGUAGGCAUCGAUGCCGGUGUUCCUGUUGCUGUCGCUGUUGCUGUAGCUGUAGCUGUUGCUGCUACUGCUACUGCUAAUGUUGAUGAUGAUGAUCUAGAUUCUGAAACUCCUACUGCACCUGUUCCUGCACAUGAAGCUUUGUUUGAGCAAUUGUCAGAAAGUGAAGUCUCCCUUUCAGCUUCGUAA